CCGAAACAAAAUCAGCACAAUUGUCUAACUAACGACAAAAAGAACUAUAUAUAUAUUCGACGUAGACCACAGAUCUGCAAAAGAAAAUUUUCAAAAUGAAAGGUUACUUCAUCUUCGCCGUUUUGUUGAUCCUCACCAUCGGAACCGAACUUGCUUUCGGUGACUGCCUUUCCGGAAGAUAUGGAGGCCCAUGCGCAGUAUGGGACAACGAAACCUGCCGCAGAGUGUGCAAGGAAGAAGGACGAGUCAGUGGACAUUGCAGCGCCAGUCUGAAGUGUUGGUGUGAAGGGUGUUAGCCUUUCAUAAAUAUUUUUUAAUUUGUUAAAUUUUUGUUACUACGAUAUUAAUUUUAUUGAUGCCAAAUAUAUACGUUUAUGUUAAAAA